AGUUCCUUUAAUAGAUGGGGACGCGGACCCACUUGUCUAACAUGUAUGUAGGUAGGUAUACCUAUGCUGUCCAUUUAACUUUGAACCAUUCACCCCGCUGACUAGCAUCGUACAUCGCUGCGCUGAUUUAACGAUCUUAUGAACCCUUAGCGAUAUUCAACUUAUUCCUCUUAGAUUCCCUUAAGCAACCGAAAAUGCCCCCCGAAGACUUACUAACAGACGACCAAGUCGCUGAGCUUCUGGUUAAGGAAGCCCAGGACUGCUCUCUGAGAUAUUCUGCGAUGGGUCUGGAUGCAUUCAAAUCUAAUAAGCGUCCUGCAAAUCAACCUAAACCUAACACCCGAUUCCUCAACAAUAUCAUUCGCGACACCAAUAGCCAUAAUCGAGCCCUUCUUGCCAAAGAAAGCGCCGAGUCUAGGGCAAAACUUCGUGACCUCGAAGAUGCGGAAGAUAAGAAGCGGAGGGAAGAAGAGCGGAGAUUGCGCAAGAGCAAGCCCGGACCCAGCGACACCCGAAAGCGUAUGCUAGGUGAUAUCGCUGCCAUUCUCGGAGGAUCGUCUAAGAGGCGUAGGACUGAAAUAACCGAGGCUUCUACCAGCCAUACUUCAGACCCAGCGGCGCCUCAUGCUGAGGGUGAUAGAAACGUGAGAAGAGAAAAAAGUCGAAAGGAUCUUUCGAGGGAACGCGAUAGAAGUUCACACCGAACCCAUCGCCGAGAUGAGGGGAGACGAGAAGACCGGCGCGAGCACAGGGCACGUUCGCCACGGCGCGAAAGCCAUCACCACCAAUCAAGGACCUCAAAGCGCACCCAGCGUCAAUCCUCCCCGGACUCGUCUGAUUCGGAUCCUUUAGACGAUAUCAUUGGCCCUGCGCCAGCUAAAAACCCUACCGUUCAUCGACGAGGACGGGGAGCUAACGCCGCCACGUCUGGGAUAGACGGCCGUUUCGCUCUCGAUUACGAUCCAAGCAAAGACGUUACGCCCGAGCAGGAAGAUGCAGAUGACUGGGACAAUGCGGUAGAAGCGUUUCGUGAUCGACAAAAGUGGAAACAACAAGGAGCGGACAGACUACGGUCUGCAGGCUUUACUGAAGAACAGAUCAAGAAGUGGGAAAAGGGUGAUACUAAAGACGAAAGCGACGUACAAUGGACCAAGGCUGGUGGUUUGAGAGAGUGGGACCGCGGCAAAGUGGUUAGUAAGGACGGCACUGUGACCUUGGCAACAGACACCGAAUAGCAGAUGGCGUCGAUGGACUUGCGCAUGGUUCGAAAGCAUCACAAAAAGCGUAUCAACUUGGGUUUCAUUCGUCCUUCCUUUAGCGGCGUACGGAAGAUAUCAUUACAUAGUUGCAUAUCACGGCACCGCAUAGCAUAGCAUAUCAUAGCAUAGUACGGCGUAACGAGGCAUGGCAUGGCGUUGAUGGCAUAUCCCACGUGGUGUCACAGGACUGACUUAUUCAGUAGGAUGUUUGACUUGGAAAUGUGAUGAGCUAGGACGACUUUGUUUUAAUACACUAUACGCUACUCAUCUCCCCACCUCUUGAAGGGUUGCUAUAUUAACUUACGGAUUAGAUAGGCAACCCCUCACUCGGGUUCAAAGCACGCACCUUAGUAGUUUCAGCUCAAAGAUAAGUUGAAAGUCUGAUCCGUGAUAAGAAACGGGGGAACAGACACUUACCCAGGACUCGGAUCAUAGAAGCGUUUACGAUUCGAAGUCAUAGUUAUUCUUACAAUGUAGGUAAAUAAAUGUCCACCUGGCUGUGUAAGUAGAAUUGCCGAAACAGGUAGUGUUUCUAACUUUAAACGAAUCAGAUCUCGCUACAGCUCGUAUAUAGACAUUCUUCUAAAAGAGGAGCAGUGAGUUUGGCAAUGAGAAGAGACCGC